UUAAAGACGGCUGGCGGUAGGAGCUGCGGUAACCCGUUUCCAGAAUCUACUGAUCAGUUUUCUUGCCAGCAUCAAAUUUAAAUCAACUUGGUGAAGAAACAAGAGGAAAACCUGAAUUUUUGCCUAAAAGGUGGAGGACUGAUCUGAACGUUGUUCUUCCAGCCCCCUCGCCAGUAGUGAGCUUUGUUGGCAUCUCUAGGAAGAGAAAUUCAAACUGAAAGUUAUCGCACUUGAAGUCCUUAUUUGAACACCAGCUUAAACAUAUUUGAAGGGUUAUUUUACAGUCUUGUGGGAGUAUAAACCCACGCUUUUCCCGGAUACAUCUGUGUGACAAUAUGGCAAAGAAAAACAGCCAAAAGGAUACGUCUGGGGUGGUGUUUGACACUCGCUCGAAAAUGGUCAUGUCCCAAGGAGGAACAGCUGAGAGGAUGAAGGAGAAGAUCAGUGCUGUCAGGGCAGUUGUCCCCAACAAAAGCAACAAUGAGAUUGUGCUGGUGUUGCAGCACUUUGAAAACAGUGUUGACAAGGCUGUUCAAGCUUUCUUAGAAGGCAGUGCAGUUGAGAUCCUGAAGGAGUGGAACGUCACCGGAAAAAAGAAGCCCAAGAAGAAAAAGAAGCCCAAGCCUCAGCCAGAGCCCUCAGCAGAGCCUGCUCCACCUGAGGCCACAUCACCGGAGGAGGGCAAGGAUGAGAUGAACGGCUUUCAUGCCAACGGAUCAGUAAUGGAUGGAGAGUCACUUGAUUCUCUGAGUGAACAGUUGGACUCUGCCUCCCUGGAUGCAGCCGAGCUGGACUCUGAACCCGCUACAUCCGAAACCACCGGUGCUGAAGCAGAAAGUCAAGGCAGCGCUCCAAGUCCCGCAUCUCAGCAAGCAGGCAGGAAUGGCCAGGGUCCCAGAGGCAACAAGACCCGACGCAGGCCAGGCUCAAAUUCACAUCCCCCCACUUCCUCAUUAGCAUCCACCACUGAUGAGCAAGGAUCACCAGCAGUCAAGAAGAUAGCUUCCAACAUUGACCGCUCUGUGAAGGACCUGCAGAGAUGCACUGCCUCACUGACUCGCUACAGGAUGGUGGUCAAGGAGGAGAUGGACUCCUCAAUCAAGAGGAUGAAGCAGACGUUUGCUGAGCUCCAGAGCUGUUUAAUGGACAGAGAAGUGACUCUACUGGCAGAGAUGGAUAAAGUGAAAGCGGAGGCCAUGGUGAUUUUGGACGCCCGACAGAAGAGAGCGGAGGAGCUCAGACGGCUGACAGACCAGUCAGCAUCCAUGUCUGAGGAGCAGUUGACUGAACUGCGUGCAGACAUCAAGCACUUUGUGAGUGAACGUAAAUACGAUGAGGACCUUGGGAAAGCUGUAAGAUUUACAUUUGAUCUUGAACCGCUGAAGACAAGCAUCUCGACGUUUGGAUCAGUUUACCAUCCACGUACAGGCUACUCAAAUCGGUCCCGCUGUAGCUCCACAUCCUCUUCUGUCGCCAGCCCGAGCCUGCUGGAAACUCCUCCUCCCACCCAGACCCAAAGCACCCCCAGUGAAACCCGCCCCCCACCAACCAAACAGAUUUUCCAGGGCAACAGGCGUACUUUCCAGGGACAAGGUUUUCACUCGGGUGGUCAGCGGUAUAACGGCGGUUCCUACCAUGAUAGGAACGCCGGUCGCACUAACCAUCGCUACCAGAGUGACGGUGGUCAUACUUCACAGCACUCCAACAACUCGAGGGGUCCCUCCCAUUCCUCCUCGUCCUCCCACAACCAAGACCGACCCUCCCACAACCAAGACCGACCCUCUCACAACCAAGACCGACCCUCUCACAACCAAGACCGACCCUCCCACAACCAAGACCGACCCUCUCACAACGGGCUGCCCCAGAGGCCUCCGCGGACGCACUGCCCUUGACGCUGGAAACCCUCAUCUUAAUCAAACCCAUCUACUAACCCUUGCACUCUCCUCCCGGUACCCAUCCCAUACCCUGCACACCCCCACCCCCCCUAUUAACUCCUUUCAAUGAAGAAUAGAAUACAAGUUUACAUAUUUCCAUCAGUUGAGCUAUAGUGCCACCUCUCUGCAUCAUACAUCCAUUCAUCCUUCAAACUUGAAAAGCUCUCACUGUUCUCUAAUCGCUCUUCCUUUUUGCAUCCCUCCCAUCCCGGUAUAGGUAACAGCUUCUAUCCUUAGCCCCCCUUUGAGAGAUCUCAUUGCUAUGCUAUUGUCAGUCUGUUGUUAACUUCUGCAGUUGAGCAGUCUGCCAGAGACUGACAGAACUAUCUGCAACAAUUUGUGCACUAUUGAAGUUGAACUCUUAGUACUUUCUAUUUUUGCUGUGGCUUAUGUCAGCUCUCUGAUUUGCACCUCAAAUCUUGUUUUGUUUUCUUCUUGUCUCCCAGAACCAUUUCAAUGCCUUCACCGUGGAAAGCGUAGUGAAAGUGCAAAAGUUGUUCUAGCAUGAACAGGGAUUUUUGUCAUCAGGAGAGUAGACAUGCAAUCAACACUACAGACUAUCGUUAAUCUUUGCAAGGUUAAAAAAAAGAAAAAAAAAAAGAAAAAAAAAAAAGAAACAUAUCAAACUGUAAUCCAGAGCUUUUCAAAUGGCUGCUAUAAACAGUAGGGAACUUGUUAACGCUAGGACUUAGAUGUGUUUGAGAGGACCUCAUAAGUUGCUCUCAAAAGGAAUAGUUCCCAGCAUUUUGGAAACGCGCUCAUUUGCUGUCUGGCCGAGAGUUAGAGAAGUUGGAUACCACUCAUGUAUGUAAACUAAGUAUGAAGCUAAAGCCAGGAGUAGUAUAUAGGCCAGAAGCGGGGUGGAAACAGCUCCGUUACCUGUCUUAAUUUAACAUCCUCCUCCUGCUAGCUCCUCUUAUAGCUCACUUAUUAACACUUUCUAUCUUUUCAUAAAAAAAACUACAAGUGGUGGUUUGAUGGGGAGUUAUGCACCAGAGCGAGCAAGGCUAUCUGUCUCCCCUUUGUUUCCAGUCGUAAUGCUAAACUAAGCUCAUUGUCUCCCUCUCCAAUCCAGAUGUGCUGGCUGUGCUAGCUAUCUCCUCAUCUGACUCUCGGCAAGAAGCGAAAAUAGUUUCCCAAAAUGCGAAACUAUUCCUUUUAAAUAUUGCCUAAGGCAGUGAUCUAUUGCCCACCUCCCACCGGCCAACGUGGUCAUCACGUGUGCUGUUGUUCUUGGCUUGCUGUCAGUUAUUUUAUAACAAUGAGAGGGCUCAUUACCUUUUGUAGAAAACUGUUAAAUGAUAUGUUCAAACUCACAGCAAAGGAAACUGUCCACAUGAUGUUUUGUAGUUAGUUCUCGACAUUUUUUCAGGUGGAUUUUCUUCCACACAGUACAGUUUGUUCAGUUUGUUUUUGUUGUUAUAUGCACAUGAAUGGCAUAUUAAUGACGUGCUUGCCUUUAGUCACAGAGAGACUUCACAUUUGCCUUUCUAGAAACAUGGAUGUCUGCAUCAUGUCGGCUUUCUAAAAACAGAUGGUACUUGUAGAGCAGACGUGAAUUAUAAAUAUAUUUGUGAGAAUAAGGUGCAAGAUUUACUCUUCCCCUUUUUAUAUACUCACUUUAUCCCAUCUGUGAAAGUAAAAUUGAUUGAUGGAAGGUUGGUAUUGGACUUCACAGGUCGUUUUUAUGGCUGCAAAGGAGACAAGGCUGCAAGGCUGUUGUUGGGGUUAAGUCUCUUCGUAGUGUCCACAGUCCGUGAACACAAAGCUGGUGAAUACCUCAUUGCUGAUAUUUUGACUAGGCCUGUUUUCAAGGCGUUUUCUCGCAGUGGGUGCUUAUUUAGGGACAGGAACCGCUGGUGUUUUCUCAUCUCUCACUUGUAGUUUUGUACCGAGGCAGAGCUGCAAGGCUGUUGAGUAAAAGCGGUUGUUACAUUAUUGCUGCAUUUUCUUCAUGUGUUGUCUUCCCUCGAGAAAGAAAUUAAGGAAAAGAAAUGAAUUUAAAAUUUUGCUCUCACCCCUCUUCAUGGAAUUUCUGAUCAUAAGAGGUUUUUUUUUGUGUUUUUUUUUUUGUUUUUUUUUAAAGAUGAGAUAGGAUAAAAAAAAAAAUCUUUAUUUCAAUAAUUAUAUUAGUGAAUAUUGUGGAGAACUUGUUCGCAGUUUUUGGUAAAUAUGUGUUUGACUUUAAGGAUAUUAACAAAAAAUCUUCUUUUUCUGCUUUCUUGUGUAGAGUUCCAUGAGAAGAUUGACACCACUCUUGUAACAUGAUGAUAUAUAUGAGAAGCCAGUUAGCUUAGCUUAACAUAAUGACUGGAAACAGGUUGCCCUGUUUAGCCCAGAUGUUCAUUUACCAAAGCAACCAGUUAGUCUUCAUCCUUGAAGUGUUUUCUCCUGUAAAACUGAAAAACACUCUGAAAACAUUUUUGAUAAAGAAUAAAUUUCACGUUUGUGUCGCUUGACGACCAAGUGUGAAAUCGGCUCAUUGUUGCUCCUUGUGGCUGUUGGGGAAACAACCUCAACAACUUCUCUGGCAGUGAUGAUGCCAUUAUGGCUUACUGCAGCACAACGAGGCGAACACGGCACCAUGCUAGAAAAGUCACUUAGACAAAUAUUACAAAGGUUUAAUUUACACUUUAUGGAAAGAGUUUUCAAACUGUAUUUUUUCAGUUUUAUGGGAGAAAAGUCUUCAGGGAUGAAGAAUAACUUGGGUACAUCUGGUUAAGCGCCCCCCACCUCCAUGGAAGAGCCAUGGACAGCUGCUUCCCUUAGCUUCUCUAUGGAGCCAUCCAGGAUCGUUUUUUCCAAACAGGGUCAGGAAAGAGGAGAGAAACUGAGGUGUAAGUGUAACACGACAAUUCACAGUAUAACGGGGGUAAUGGCUGUUUAUAUUGACCUCAUUUGUCGUUUAUCAUCAAAUUGCUUUAAUUUUUUUUCUGUAUCAUAUAAUUAACAGAAAACCUCAGGUAAGACAGGAUUAUUCCACUAGUGUAAGGCUGCAACUAACAAUUGUUAUUAUCAAUAUUUCAGUUUUUUCUUUAAUAAUUGACUGUUUAAUGUAUAAAAUGUCAGAAAACAGUGAAUAUUCAGAUUUCACGUUUUGUCUGACCAGCAAUUAUAACCCCAAAGAUGCUGAUUUCAUAUCAUAGAAAAAAGGGAAACAAACAAUUAUUCACAUUUCACAAGCAUGUUUACUCAAAAAUAUCAAUCAAAUAUCAAAAUUGUUGCCAAUGAAUUUUCUGACAGUCAACUAAUGGUUUAAUCAACUAAUCAUUUGAGCUUUAGAGUACAACUUCUACCAUGUACAGUGGAGGUCAAUAGGAAGUCAAUCUGGCCAUGCGGGGGUGUUGUAUGUGGUAUCAGUCUUCUCAUCUAACUCUCAAUAAGGUAAGAAAGCAAAAAAGUGUAUUUCCUAAAUUGGUGAAACUAUUCCUGUAAGUGCUUUCAGAGGCUGUGACGUGGUUAUAAUGUCACAAAGAUUUUUAUUGACUGAAGUUGUUGGGGGAAAUUUUUUACAACUUUCCUCAACCAUUGAAUUGAUGGCAGGCUGCGGUUUAGGCUGAUCAAAGCUGCAGGACAGAUGAUUAACAAACAAUUUAGCUUUUAUUCCAGCGUCUCUACUAUUAGAGACGCAGGACCUGUAUAAUCAAAAUUCAAAAGAGUAGUUGUUUUCUCAUCUGGGAUUUUGUCUGUCUCACUUUAACCACUUUUUGUUGUUUUACAUUCCAAACUGUAGGAAUAUUAGGUUAUCGCCAAAGAAAUAAUUUCGUCCUGUUUCAAAAAAAAAAAAAAAAAAAAAUUGCUGCCUUUUUGUUUUCUGUCCUCAGCCUGUAAAGAAUUCCAAAGGGGAUAAAUCCAACACUUCACCUUCAUUCUUUCCACCCUACUUUACUUUCAGAUUCCUUACUGUAUAUACAUAUAUGUAGCUAUAUAAUUUUGUGCUCACAUAGGGCAUUUUGUAUGUGAUAUUCAUACUAGGCAUAAUGGAGGUUAAAACAUCUAGUUCAUUCAUUUCUUCCAGUAGACCUUGUGUCCUUCUCAAGACAACUUUUCUGAGACAACUGUAAACUCAAGUGCCUUUUCUUGUCUCCCACCGAUUCAUUGACAUCCCCUCCACCAGAGUAUGGACCAAAGACAUCGACCGUCCCCAACACCCCUGCCCCCUCUUUCUCCCCUUCACUGAAUGGCACACUUUUCAUUUCCUACAAAUAAACAGUUUGCAAUACUGAA